AUGAGCGUCACAUCCGGCUGGCCCGUCCCGCGCCGCGCGCUCGUGCUCGCCGUGCCGCCGCGCGAGCGCGAAAAGGACGUGCCGCUCGUGCUCGUGCUCGACCCCGACACGUGCACGGUCCACCUGUGCGUCUACACGCCCGCGCCGUCCCAGUCCCCUACCACGCGCGCGUCCACAUCGAGCGUGCCGAGUAGACGCAAGACCACCGCGCGCCGCUCGAGCCUGGGCGGCGCGGACCGUCGGCCCUCCCCAUCCGCCUCCCAUCCGAAUCAACCGACGAGCAUACUCGCAUCACCCACGCCCACGCCAUCGAUACCCCCGCCGCUCGCGUCGCUCCCGCACAUGCCGCCCUCCCUCGCGCCCAGCCAAACGCUCGCGUCGCUCGCGGCUCUACCAACAUCCGGCCCCGCAGCGUCGAACGGGGGCCAUUUCCCGCCCGCCUUCCCGAUUAAAGGUCACGCGCGGAACGAAAGCAACGGUCUCAGCUCUGGUGUACGAGGUCUGGCUCUCGACUCCCAGGGCGUCGGCGGAGUAGGAGUAGACGUAUUCGGUCCUAUCCCCACCAACGCGACCGCGAAUCCCAAUGCGCUAUUGGGCAUCGACGUAGGCAUUGAUGGGGCGGGUAGUGGGGCAGGCGAAAGCGGCGCGCACGCGCGCCGCGCGAGCCCGAUGCCCGGCCCCGCGCCCGUGCCCGCGCGCGAGCACACGAAGAUGCGCGCGGCGUAUGGGUUGGGGUGGGUUGGGUCGUUCGACGUGGACCCUCUUGACGCGCAGGACCCCGCGGGAAUCCAAAUCGCCGUGUUCGACGCGCGGCACGACGGAGUUCGUGAACGGGCGUUGGUGGGGAUAUGCACGCCCCAUUCCUCUCGCCUGUCGAUCUUUUCGCUAUCUCAAUCGCCUUCGCCCCCUCCUUCCUUUCAAAGUCAACCGGCAUCGCAACCUGCAUCGCAACCGGCAUCGCACCCCGCACCGAAAGACGAGAAAGGACAAGACCCCAGGAAGGAAAAGGAGAAGGAGAAGGAGAAGGAGAAAAGAAAAGGCGGCUGGACAGCCGAGCGCCUCCUCGAUCUGCGCGCGACGUCGUGCGCCGCGGUGCGGGCUACGCGGGAGGGCGUGUGCGAUCUUUUAUACACCGUCCCCUCCUCCGCCUCAGGAGUAGCAAGAGAGGGAGGAGAGGGUGGAGGGGGAGGGGAGAUGGUGCUGCUCACGCAUGGGCUGCAUAAAGUUCGGCUGGUGAUUGAGGGGGAGCGCGUUCGCAUCAUACCACCUUCCUCUGUUCCCGAGGGUGGGGAAGAGGAUAUGGAAGUCGAUCACACCAACACUGGCCCCGACAUCGACAGCUCAGGAACAACCGGAGCAGGACAGGGAGGCAAGGAAGGAGGCGGGUGGAGGAUCGCGUCUUCCGAGCCAAAUAGCGCGCACAUCACACUCCAACACACAAAUGGAACGACGAAGAGCCUCUGUGUGGAUUAUACGACGCGCGACGUGCUCGUUACGCAGUGUCUCAUGGUCCUCGCACUAUCCCUCCCCCCAUCCCCCUUCUUCACCCUCCACCACUCCUUCCUGCACACCUGGGACGAAGCGCACCGCGCGCCGGAGGGCGCGUUUGGGUGUUUUGAGGCGGCGUUGGGCGGCUUUUUCGGGCUCGGUCUUCCUAUGAAUCACGAGGGAGAUGGGGAUAGGGAAGAGAGGGAUGGAGAUGGAGAUGGGGAGGGAGAGAGUGUGUGGGAGAGGCUGGGGAGGACGAGCGCGAGUGGGCGGUUCAAAGCCGACGGCGUCCUCCGCGGUCUAUCCCUCCCUCAAACACCUCAACCUCAACCUCAACAACCCCGCCCAUCUCACCCUCGCACCUCACCCCCAGCCUCUCGCCUCCCCCUCCGCGCACCCACCCUCUCCGCCCUACACCACCUCGCCGAAGACCUGCGCAUCCUCACCACGCGCGCGCCCGACCUCUCCCGGCUCGUCCCUUUACUCGUCAGGCUCGCGAGAGGGGUGCGGCCCGAGUGGGGCGAGUAUUGGGUGCGGCUGGUGCCCGGCGCCGCAGCUGGGGUAUGGGAUGAGAGUGGAGGUGGAGAGGGAGAGGGAGAGGGUGGGGGAGGGGAAGGGGAUAAGGAUGAUAGGCUGCCCAUCUGGCCGCCCGACAUGAUGGGGUCUAUGCUCGCGCGCCUAUCCUCCCCACCCACCUCCACCUCUUCGUCCACCUCUACCACCACCUCCACAUCCCAACCCACACUCCCACCCUCAGGCCCGCCCUCCUCCUCGGCCGCCCGCGGGAAAUGGUACGACGCCUCGCGGCUCUCUUUCCCCUUCGGCAAUGGAAGCGGUGGAGGUGGGGAGGUGCCGAGUUUCGCGUUUGGACGGGUCGAGCCGCUCGGCGCGUUAAGGGCUGUUAGCGUCGUGUUUCGGGCUUUGUGCGAUGGUCCCGCGUCUUCUUCUUCGGCGGCGGCGGGGAAUGGGACGAGUGUACCGCCAUCAACGAGCGCAUCCUCAUCAUUCGACUCCGAUCCCGACCCCGACGACCCCGACGAUAGCCUUAUCAAUAACGCAACUGGAGGCAAUGGAGGGAGUGCAGGGGCGGGCGACGAGAACGUCCGCGCGGCGCACGCCGCGAUCAGGGUGCUCGUAAGGAUGCGAUUAGGUGCUGAGUUUGUCGAGAGGUUGCGGGUGCCGCUGGCUGUUGUGGUACGGGAGGCUGCGAGGACAUGCCAACUCUCCCCGCCGCCCGACUGGCCCGCCUCCGCAUACGACUUCGUCGGCCGGCGCGACCUCGCCGAGGGCGCUCGUCGGAGCGGGUACGAUGAGGACGGGGAUGGAGAUGGAGAUGGGAUGGACGGGGGCGGGGAGGGCGCGGGGUAUCGGGGUGUUAAGGAGUUUUUGGGCUCCCCGCACAGACCAACAAUCUCAUCCCUCAUAUCCUCCGCCAACGCGCUCGCGACGGACGAAGUGGCGGCGGGCACGGGCGUCGAGCUCGGGCCCGGGAUGGACGAUUUCGCGGGGAUCCGGUUCGGGCAGGAUAAGCGGCUGGAAGAGGUCGCGCGGAUGCUGAUGUCGAGCGAGGUAUGUACGGUUAAGAUGGCUGAGCGGCCGGACUUGAGCGAGAUGGACACGGCUAAAGAACAACAAGCCACAGUCCUGCGCAUCGCGGAGCGGACGCUGGCUUUACCGCUCGGACGCGCGAUGUUCACUUUCGGGACUGUUCCUGCUGUCAGCCGCGAGGCGUACUCGAUUCCGAAGCUCGAGUUCGGUGUGCAACUCGUGCCACCCGGUCUCACGCUCUCGCCCGAAGCCGGGAAGUUACCUCCGGAGAGCACAUCCUGGGGAGAGUUCCACAACGGCGUAGCCGCCGCCCUCCGCCUCGCCCCGCGCACGCGCGCCGUCGACUCCUCCUGGAUCAAAUUCAACCGCCCUUCAGAACUCACCCCGUCACACGCCGGCUUCCUCUACGGCCUCGGCCUCACCGCGCACCUCCGCGGCCUCCUCACCUGGCACACCUUCGCCUACCUCACGCCCAAGCACGAGCUCACCUCCAUCGGCGUCCUCCUCGGCCUCAGCGCCGCGCACGCCGGCACGGGCGACCGGCACGUCACGAAGCUGCUCGCCGUGCACACGCCCGCUUUACUCCCGACGCCGACGACGGAUCUGAACGUGCCCGUCGCGACGCAGGCCGCGGGGCUCGUGGGCAUCGGGCUGCUGUACAUCGGCGCGCGGCACCGGCGCAUGGCGGACGUGUGCCUGCGCCAGAUCACGCGGGCGGGCGCGGACGACGACGCGUACACGAUGUCCGCCGCUUUGGCGUUCGGGAUGGUCAUGCUCGGCCGCGGCAGCGUCCCCCCGGGGCCGGCGGACGCCGCGCUGGUCGAGGAGCUGCGGGCGAGCGGGUCGGCGCCGGCGGCGAGCAUCGCGCUCGGGCUGAUGUACCUCCGGACGAACUGCGCCGAGAUCGCGGAUGCGCUGGAUAUACCGUCCACCGUGCUCGCGCUGAACCGGAUUCAGCCGUCGCUCUUACUCCUCCGCACGCUCGCGCGCGGGCUGAUUAUGUGGGACAGUAUCUCCCCCACUCAAGAAUGGCUCAGGGCGCAGGUUCCGCAGGCGAUUUUGGACGCUGUUGAUGGAUCGGGGAGGGGUGCGGGUGCAGAGGGGAUCGGCGCGAUGGAGGAGCAGAUGGAGGUGGACGACGCGCUCGAGCUGGCGUAUUAUAAUAUCGUGCCCGCUGCGUGUUUCGUUGUGGGGCUCAAGUAUGCGGGGACGGCGCGGGAGGAGCCGUACGGGCUUUUGGUGCAUUAUUAUGAUGUGUUCAGCCGGUUGGCGUACACGAACGGACCCGCCUACGACCAAAAAGUCAAGCGCCACGCGAUCCGCGACGGCCUCAACCUCAUCUCCGUCGCCCUCGCGAUGGUCAUGGCCGGCACCGGCGAGAUCAACGUCCUCCGGCGCCUGCGCUACGCCUACGGCCUGCACAACCAGUUCGUGCGCUACGGCGCGCACGUCGCGACGCACCAGUCGCUCGGCCUGCUCUUCCUCGGCGGCGGGCGCGCGACGCUCGGCUCGUCCGACGCAGCAGUGGCGUGCAUGCUCGCGGCCUUCUUCCCGCGCGCCGCGCAGAGCUCCGCGGACAACAAGAGCUACCUGCAGGCGCUGCGCCACCUGUGGGUGCUCGCCGUCGAGCCGCGCUGCCUCGUCGCGCGCGACGUCGACACGCGCGAGAUCGUCUACCUCCCCGUCAAGAUAAAGGUGCGCGACGGGCCGGGCGCGGCGGCCGCGCAGCUCGUGAGCCCGAGCCUGGUGCCGGACCUCGACCGCCUGCUGAGCGUGCGCGUCGACACGCCGCGCUACUGGCCCUUCUACCUCGACCUCGCGCGCGUCCCGCGGCACCGCGCCGCGCUGCUCCGCACGCAGACCGUCUUCGUCAAGCGCCGCACCGCGUUCCUGUCCUACCGCGAGGACCCCAAGGGCAGCCGCAGCCUCUUCGUGCGCUCGGGCUCGUCCACGGGCGACGCGGCCACGCUCGACUUUCCCCGCUUAGGCGCCGCGCCGCACGCGGGCGACCUCGCGCAGUUUAUAGGGAGCUUCGCGAACGAGCCCGUGUUCCUGGCGUUCGCGGACCACCUGUGCAGAGCGGGCGACGCGCGCGGCGCCACGGGAGCCGAAAAACUCCUGGGCGCGUACGCGCACGCCGCGCUGCUCGACGCCAUAUUACAAGACAAACCCCAAGCAUUACAGCUGCACGCUUUGCUCUUCCGCGCGCGGAACGCUCAUCCGGGAGGAGAGCACUUCAAUCAGGAUAUGCAGGACCUGCGGCUCGCGGCGGAGUUUUACACGCGCACGUUUGUGCGGAGGUUCGGGGCGCGCGCGCCGCUUGUGCGCGCUGCGACGCUGCACGGUGCGCUGGCCGCGCUCGACGCCGCGCUCGCGCCUCUCCGCUCCACACCGGCAUUCACAACCGCGCUAUCGCGCUACGCGCGCGGCGACGCGAGCGGCAGCGCCACGCUUGGCUGGUACCUUCUCCGGCACAACGUCCCCGCAUCGGCCUUGCUCGGUGUGCUGCGCGAGCUCGCGCGGCACGCGGCGAGUGAUUGUCGCGCGCGGGGGCCGCCGGAGGGCGCGGGGGCUGGGAGGGAGGAGGCGUUGGAUCGGGGGAUCGCUGCGGUGUUGUAUUUGAGUGGGGGGAUGAUGGCGGGCGGG